CUGACUGUUUAGGGAAGACCAUCUUCCUGUCGUUUAACAGCUUAUCACGCUGACGCUGCCAUAUGGAGAAAAUGGAGCAGCGACUAGCAGAGUUCCGAGCCCGUAAAAAAGCGGAAGCCGUUAACAGAAAACAAUAUCAAACUCCAACUUUGUCAUCGGAGAAAGAAGCCGUGACAGAGACAUCUCCAAAUGAGAGACGUGAAGAGAAGCCUCUUCCUCCAACCAGUAAGCCUAGUGUAUCCGCCACGACGACAGAGUAUUCUCGUAUGGACCUCUGGUUGUUGGACAGCGCUCUCGGACGGUGGCUAGGUGUUGAACGUUUGGCUGUCACCAACCUGACUGUGCUUAAGGUGUUGUUGUGGUUGGUACUGCUCGGACUUUUCUCAGAGCUCGACUUCGGACUACCCUUCUUCCUGAUUUCUCUUUUCUACUGGCUCUACGAAGGUCUGCGGGGGCCCUCGGAGCGUCGACCCGGAGAACUCAGCGCAUACUCGGUGUUUAACCCGGACUGUCAGCCCCUGCUCGGUGCCCUUACAGCAGAGCAGCUGGAAGGUGAGAUGGGCUACAGGCCAGUGGUUAACAGAUAGUGAAAGCCCAUCACCAUCACAGGAGAGACUGCUACUCGACUUUAACCUGUCAGCAGAGCCCAAGAGAGUUGUGUUCGCCACACUAAUACGGCUUGUUUUCAUCUCAGAAGUCUUUAUUUGGAUAUCUAUUUGGACAAGCAGUUGCAGUGUUUUUGGAUAACCUCUGACUGGCAUUUGCAACAACCGCUUCCUUGAAAUUGUCUGCAUUGUUCUGCACUUUUACAUUGUAACAUCAGAGAUCUGGUCCAAUAUAUGGAUGGGUUUAUAUUUGGUAUAAAAUGCUGUAUUUUUGUAUAAGAUGCUGUAAUCAUACUCUUGAGGCAAAUGCCUUCUGAUCAGCCUUGGCUGAUGUGCUGGUCCUGAUGUGUAACGCUGGGAAGUUGGGGUAUGUUACAUCCACUACUUGACCUACAAAUACCUUGUGUGAAGUGUUGGGUGAAUGUGGAACUCUCCACUUUUCUUUGUACAAAUGAAGGGUUGUCAGUUGUGGUGUGACAUCUGACGAACAUUACUGCUUCUAAUUAAACAGACUGAAAAUAAAC